AUGCCCUCCUCCCCCUCGCCGCCGCCUCCGGCGACCUCCGCCGUCGCAUCCACUCCACGCCGCCGCCGGGGGCGCCGCCUCGUCCCCUCGUCCGCAGGCGGGGGCUCCUCCUUCUCCGCCUCCUCCUCCUCCUCCUCCUCGUCCGCCUCCUUCUCCUUCUUCCCGCCGACGUCGCCGUCGCCGUUCCACCGGUUCCUCCCCUCCCCGCUGCGGGCCUCCUCCGUGCCCUUCUCCUGGGAGCACCGCCCGGGCAUCCCCAAGACGCCCGCCAGGGCGCCCCGCUCCUCCAACUCCAAGCUCCACAAGUCCGCCGCGGCGCCGCCGCUCCCGCUCCCGCCGUCGCUCCUCUCCACCAGGGCGCCCGACCCCUACGCCUCCGCCGUCGUCCCCGCCGACUAUGCCGCCGCAAUGCCGCCGGGCAGCGGAGGCGGCAAGCUCGGCCUGACGGCGGCGCCGAGGAAGGCCCGCCGCCUCGCCCGGCGGCGCCCGCGCCUGGCCGUCGACGCCCUCGCCGAGUGGCUCUCCGUCCUCAGCCUCUACCGCUCCUGCAAGCGCGCCGCCGCCUGCUUCGCCGCCAAGCCGCCGGCGCCGUGAGAGAUAAGCGUGCCAUCUCUCAAAUGGGAUCAUCUGCAAUACUGUCUACUUGAGUAGUAGUACUUAGUAGAGUAUAUGAUUAUGAAUUUGGAAUUUGUGUUUGGUGUAAUUAUUAAUCGUGUGAUUAAUUAACUAAGAUGGCACUAGUAUCAUACAUGCAACAAGAACAUGAGUUUCUGAUUUGAUUAAUUGAUUAAUUGGUGUGCUUAAUUGGUUCAACCUCCAAUAAAUCGGCACUACCAUUAAUUAGUUAUAAUCAAAUUGCUGCUGUUGAUGCUGAUGACGUUGGUAUGUGCAAUAAUUGUUGUUGGGCUUAGGUUUAAACUUGUGGUUGGGUUUCUCUGGGUGGCCAUCGCUGAUCAA